AUGGGAGCAUCUAUUUCUAAUCGUAGUUUGUAUAGGAGGCUGGUUGGGAAGUUAAAUUUUUUACAACAUACUAGACCUGACAUCUCUUUCUCUGUUCAACAUCUUAGCCAAUUCCUUCAUCAUCCUCAGGUGCCACACAUGUUGGCUGCACUUCAUGUUUUGAGGUAUCUCAUGAAUGAUCCUGCCCAGGGUAUUUUACUCUCCAACUCUGCUAAUAUGUCUCUUAUGGGGUUUUCUGAUUCUAAUUGGGGUUCUUGCACUAUUUCUCGCAAGUCUGUCAGUGGUUAUUAUAUAACUCUUGGUGGCAAUCCUGUAUCUUGGAAAAGCAAGAAACAACCUACUAUUUCUUUGUCUUCAGCAGAGGGGUUCGCAAUUGCGAACCCCGAUCUCUGCUAUGCUGGGAAUUGCGAAGAACAUCUCGCAUUUGCAAGUUGGGAAUUGCGACUACAGCGUCGCAUUUGCGACUCAACGCUGAAACAGGGGUGA